UUCAUGUUAUGCCAUGUUAUAUCCAUGUGUGUUGACUUAACAAUACAUAGAAAUGCGCUCGUUCGAGCUUCUCCCGCCCAGAUAACCGAAGUAACGGUUACAGACACUAGUACGAGAAAUCCAACGUUUUUAUUCGUUUUUUUGUUCCCACUAUGAUUGUGGUGCCUUUUUUGUUUUGUUUUCUCGCCUUUGCCGAGUCAACGAGCUUAGAACGGAUAAGCAGAGCAACCACAACAUGCUUUCAACAGAACGCCGAGAUUCUCGAGAAACUUAAAGGGAUAGAAGCAAAGAUUGAAUCGUGCGCUAAUCGCCCACCGGGGUGUGAUAAAACACCCAAGAACUGCGCGGAAGUCCUGGCGUGCGGUGGUCUGACUAGUGGCGUGUAUACUGUGGACCCUGAUGGCCGGGGCGCCUUCCAGGUCUACUGUGAUCAGAAGACCCUUGGCGGUGGCUGGACCGUGUUUCAAAGGCGCCAAGACGGCUCAGUGGACUUCUACAAGGGCUGGUCCGCGUACAAAGCAGGUUUUGGCCGCCUUCCCGGUGAGCAUUGGCUUGGACUGGACCGAAUGAAUCGACUCACUAUGCAGACGCGGAACGAGCUCAGGGUGGACCUAGAAGACACGACGGGCGCUAAGGCGCAUGCGCAGUACGCUUAUUUCGCCGUCUCCGCGGAGUUGAGCAAUUAUCAACUGAGCUUGGGGGCUUACAAAGGCACUGCUGGAGAUUCCCUAAGCGAUCAUCGCGGAGCGCCAUUUUCAACCAAAGACAGAGACAAUGAUUCUGCAGGAGCCUCGUGUGCCAUAAUAUACAAGGGAGCCUGGUGGUACACCGCUUGCCAUUCUUCAAACCUCAACGGCAAGUACUACCAUGGUAGCCACGCUUCUUACGCCGAUGGAGUAAACUGGAGAGCAUGGAAAGGCUACCAUUACUCUCUCAAGCACACCGAAAUGAAGAUAAGACCCCAGGGGUUUAUCGUACCUAGCUAGAGGCUUGGUACAGUGGAAGAUUGGCUCAGAUCCCUAUUUGUUCCUGAUUGGAAAAUAGCAGGCUAAGAAUUAAGGGGUUUUAAAAAUGUUUUAAAAUAAGGGUAUGUAUAUGGUACUUUUACCCGAGCUUUACUUCGAGCUAUUAGUAACUAUUGCGAAAGAAACAUUCUUUUGUAAUUUAUUUAGCUGCAAGUUGACGUAAAAAUUAUUGUACUCAGGUACUAGUGGACUAGCAAGCUAAUCUUCCUAGUGUCAAUAAAACAUCACUUACAAAAAAAAAA